CGACAACAUCGAUUCACACACAUCAAACAAAUAACUGCAAAUCGUCGUCGCGUCAAUUGAUCAAUCGCUUGUGAUAAGCCAGACAACAUUUUGUGCCGAAAAUUCCCGAUUAUAAAAAGAAAAAAUCAACGUUUGUCCCGCAACUGAAAAAUACCCAAAUAUAUUUAAUCAACUGUGUGUCACAGGAUAUACACCAAAAUAAUAAUCGAAUAAUCAGACAUAAAUAAAGCAUGUGCUCGUUAAAACAUCAAUUUUAUACCCUGGCCGUGGCAUUGUCCGUGGGAUUGCUUGGCCUGGUGAGUGCGUUGCCACAGCGUCUACAGUACCAGCCGCAGUAUCAACAGCAGCAGUAUCAACAGCAGCAGGUGCAGCAGCUUCAGGAUGUGCCACACACACUGCUCGACAUCGAGACUCCAAAUCAGUUCAGCUACAAUUCACCACUAGCCCAGCCGGACAGUUUACGCUCCAAACCGUACUUUGAUUUCCUUAGCACACUCUAUGCCCACGAUUCGGCCAAAACGGAUCUGUUUCGCAAUCGGCCACGUCGCGAUCUCCAGUCGGAACUGAAGACACAACAGCCCCUGGCUGUGGCUGCUGCAGCUGACCGGCCCGUGAGUCAUCGUCGGGAACGCAAACGCCGUGCAAUUGUCUUCCGUCCACUGUUCGUGUAUCAGCAGCGCGAGAUCAAGAAGAAGGAGAUCGCGGCAAGGAGACGCAGCGAUGAAACUCGCCGUCGUCGCUACUAAUCAAAUCGCACAUAGUCGUUAAUAUGUACUCCAGCAUAAACCUAAUCAACAACCAUGCACAAUCAUCAUGCAACAAUGAGAAGUGGCUAUGGCUGUCACUGGUCUUCUACAGGGUCCUCUCUAGCGCUUAGCUUUUUAUUAUUGUGUUCUAGCCUUAAGUCAACCCCCGCACAAUGCACAAUGCAGCGAUAAGCUAUCUAUAUAUAUAAAUACAUAUAUAUAUAUAUAUAUAUAUAUAUAUACGUAUUAUGUAUACAUUGUAUCUCCCACACAUCCUACGCAUUCGCACAUCCCUCCUAACUAUGAUAAGUAAUCACAUCACUAAAUUAAUAUGCAAGUAUUUUAUAUUUGCUAACUGAUUUAUACUAGUUUGUUA